UGGUCCCGGUUUCACUUCCACCACGACUCGGCAUCGGGUGGGUCGGGAUAUAUGCGCACCGGGCCCCCGGUUCGCACCGCCGCCCAUCACCCGCGCCCGCGCCAUCGAUCACUCGAACUCGCCUCCAGCCUCCUUCCAUCGACGCGCGCCUGCUUGCUCGAAGGAACUCUUCCCUCGUAGUGGGUCGUCCUCCUCCCCUCCACUGGUGUUGGAUUGCCGUGGAGUGGAGAUCCGUCCGGACUCCGGACCUGAGGUUGAUUAUUCUGCUGCAGGUUGAGAGAAGUUGGAGCAAAAGUCCACGGCAAAAAUGUUUUACGGGGGAUAUGCUUACCAUGGCAGUAACUUUGAGCAAACUUACCGUUGUUAUCCAGCAUCCUUUUUUGAUAAGCCACACCUGGAAGGUGGUGACAAAGUAAUAAUGCCACCAUCUUCCCUUGAUCGGCUGGCUUCCCUGCACAUUGAGUACCCUAUGCUAUUUGAGCUGCACAACGAUGCCACUGAACGGAUUUCACACUGCGGUGUUUUGGAGUUUGUGGCAGAAGAAGGCAUGAUCAUCAUGCCCUAUUGGAUGAUGCAAAACAUGCUUCUUCAAGAGGGUGACACUGUCCGUGUAAAAAACGCGACCCUUCCCAAGGGAAAAUAUGUGAAGUUGCAACCACACACAACUGAUUUUCUGGACAUCUCAAAUCCAAAAGCCAUCUUGGAGAAAACUCUAAGAAAUUUUUCGUGCUUAACCACGGGAGACAGCAUCAUGGUAGCUUAUAACAACAAACAGUAUUAUAUAGAUAUUGUUGAAACAAAGCCUGCCUCAGCAGUUAGCAUCAUUGAGACGGACUGUGAAGUGGACUUUGCACCUCCCCUUGAUUAUAAAGAGCCUGAGAAACCACAGCAACCUACAGUUCCUGCAAGGAAGGCACCUGCAGAAGGUAGAGUCACUGUAGUUGAAGAUGAACCAAAAUUUAAACCAUUUAUUGGUUCCGGCAAACGGUUGGAUGGGAAAACCUCAAAACUACAAUCAUCUGAGGUUCCUUCUAUUGCACGUUCUGCACCUUCAGAUUCAAACAAAAGAGCAAAUCAGCAAACCUCAGCACCGGCAACUUCAGGAGCUAGCAAUUCCACUCGUCCGAAAACAGGAAAGCUUGUUUUUGGUUCAAGUGCAAGCAACAAUAAAGAACCACAGAAGGUUCCUGUUAAAGAUGAUGAACCCUCGAAAAAGGACAAGCCCAAGUUCCAAGCGUUUACUGGGAAUAGCUACUCCUUGAAACGUUAGCUACAGUUAACCUUACAAAUCAGCCAUUAUCAUCUCGUGCAUGGUGUUCUGGUUACUGUGGUUGCUGUAGACGACUGUCUUAAUAAUCCGCCCUUUCCAUACCGUUCAUUCACCGGCAUGUAGAUAUAACUUGAAUUAUAUAAAUGCUUAUCUCGAUGGAAAUAUGGCCACCUAUCUAUUCAAGUACAAAUGUUUCUAAA